CUUCCUUCCCAGACUGACCUCACCUGGAUAUCCACCAUGCACAACAGCACCGCCGAAAUUCCGCACGCGGCUGCGACGUGUAACGAGACUUGGCCCAUGCAGUCGCCGAGCUCCGAGUUCUCCUUGGGUGUGUUGGUGCUGCUGGCUUUCCUCAUGGUGUUGCUGUGUCUGGUGACCAUGCUUGGAAACAUGCUGGUGAUCCUUGCUUUUUUUAUGGACAGAAACCUCAGGCAUCGGAGUAACUAUUUCUUUCUGAAUCUUGCUGUUUCUGACUUUGCAGUGGGUGUGUUCUGCAUGCCCCUCUACAUCCCUUACAGCCUGACGGGGAAAUGGCACUUGGGAAGAGGAAUCUGCAAGCUCUGGCUGGUCAUGGACUAUCUCCUCUGCACAGCUUCAGUGUUUAACAUUGUUCUUAUCAGCUACGACCGUUUCCUGUCAGUUACAAAAGCUGUAUCUUACAGAGCUCAGCAGGGAAUAACAUCCAACCCUGCCAUCAAGAUGGUGGCCAUCUGGCUAUUUGCCUUCCUCCUGUACUGCCCAGCCAUCCUGUUUUGGGAGCACGUGGCCGGACAGAGCGUGGUAGCGGUGGAUCAGUGCUACGCCGAGUUCUUCAACAACUGGUACUUCCUGCUGUGUGCAUCCACCCUGGAGUUCUUUGUGCCGCUGCUCUUGGUGACCUACUUCAACGUGCACAUCUUCCACAACAUCCAGCGGCGCCAGCGGCGUGGCAGCGUGCAGGACUGUGAGCCUCCGAGGAGCAGCAGCCUGUCCUGGAGGUUUUGUGGCUUGCCGAGGCCAGGGGCAUCAUCUCCUUCGUCAGAAGAAGAGGACAGUGUUUCUUCUUCCAUGAGACCAAAAAAAGAGUCUUUGGGAACUGACUGCUCAUCUUCAUCCAGAGACAAUUCUGUAACCCCAGAAAAUGACUUUUCUGCUUCUUUCUGUGCAAAGACCAGAUUAAAACUGUAACGGGACAAGAAAAUAGCGAAGUCUCUUGCCAUAAUUGUCUGUGUGUUUGCCAUUUGCUGGGCCCCAUACUCUUUAUUAAUGAUUAUCCGUGGGCCCUGCCAGGGAACUUGUGUCCAUAACUUUCUAUAUGAAGCAACCUUUUGGCUUUUGUGGAUCAAUUCCUCUUUGAACCCAUUUCUUUACCCUCUCUGUCAUGUUAAAUUUCGAAUGGCUUUUCUGAAAAUAUUAUGUCACAAAAAGUUUGCAACACUGAGAUCAGGUUCUUUUUAG